GCGACAGAUCACUACACUCUCUGUCGUAUGCGUUUGAUUUGUUUUUGUAACUGCCGGCGCUACUGAACCUGACAGCCAGCAAACGGUCAACAGGGCAUAGCUUUUCCUCCGUUAUUACAUUAAUCUUAUAUAAUUAUAUAUAUAUAUAUAUAUAUAGCAGAUUUAUAGAAUGCAUCCUGUAUCCGUGACCAUCCCUUCUUUUCGUUCAGAAGACAGCGGGUCAGAAAAAGGCUACACUGUUUUUAAGAUCGAGGUGUUAACGAGCGGGCGGCAGCACACCGUGGAGAAGCGCUACAGUGAGUUUCAUGCUCUGCAUAAAAUGCUAAAGAAGAUCAUUAAACCUCCAGAGCUUCCUUCAAAGCAUGUGAGAAACUGGAUCCCCAAAGUUCUGGAGCAGAGACGACACGGUCUUGAGCUUUAUCUGCAGACUAUAAUCAUGGAAAACGAGGUCUUUCCUAAAAUAUUCCUGGAUUUCCUCAACAUCCGCCAUUUCCCGUCCCUGCCAAAGGCCGAGAGUUGUGGGUCAUUUGAAACCGAAUCCGAAGACUCCUGUAAACUGACACAUCAGCCGGUCCUGCUUUUCCUGAGGGACCCCUAUCUGCUUCCUGCCUCUAGCGAUACCUUUUCAAACAUCAUCACCGAAGGGGUGAUUCAUGGAAUAUUCUACCCAGACCUGCAACCGAGGUAGACCUGCGCUCUCUCCGGCCAAAAUACAACACCUCACUUUCAUGGACAAAGAGACGUUUACACUCUAAUCAUUUACACAAACACUACAAGAACUUGGUCACAAAGUCCACACACUUGAGUUUUGUUUUGAUUUGUUUUGAAGGCCCAACAUUGUGAGUUUAUAGAACAUCAGCAACUUUUAAAUGUUGACCGUCUUCUCGUUCCAUCCUUCAGGGGGACUAGGCAACACAACUGCGCUGUGAAAAAUGGUCUGUUACCAGAUCAGAAACUAGAGCUGGGUGAUGAUAAUAACUACUCCAUUAAUUAUUGAUAUUUUUUCACAAAGAAAUAUUUCUAUAAGGUGCAGUCUUUUUAAAGUGUUUCUAGACCCGUAAUAAUAAUCACAUCACAUCAUACUGAUUAUUUGCAAUUUUUAUUUGCACUGGAUCUGGAUAUUUUCUUUAUUUUUGACUUCUGUUAACAUAUUUAUUAGCUCCACCCACUAUCCUGAAUAGAGCUAAUCGGCUCUGUGCAUCUUCUCUAAAACAUAUCUGUACUUGCUGCAGAAUUGUGAGCGCAGUUCACCUUACAGACAACAGGGGGUGCUGACAUUAACAAACUGUUCCUUUAAAUGUACAGAAAAUAUGCUGAUGUAGGUUUUAGAAUUUCAUCAGUUUCAGAAUGUAUGCUUAAUUGCACCAGACUCACGAUACAGCAAGUCCAGCAUUUUCUUUCUUUCUUUUUUUUUUCUACUUCCUAUUAGCCAAUGCAUCUAACCAGUCAGUUAUGUUUGUGCACAGCAAUCACAUGCUGUGAUUGUCUGCUUUCAAUGAGUGAAAGACUGUACCUGAGUUACAGGAGUUCCUUUGACUGCAUUCAACCUAUUUAAAUGAUCUAGAUAUAUGAAAAAUACCAGAUUUGUUGGUAUUGCUAAAUAUUAUCACCCAGCUCUUUCUGAUGUUUUCCAAAAAGAAGUUGCCUUUAUUUGUCUCACAUACAUUACUGCACAGUGAAAUUCGUUCUUUGCAUAUCCCAUCCUGGGGGUUGGGGUCAGAGCACAGGGUCAUCCAUGAUGCAGUUCCCUCUGGAUUGGGCAGGUUCAACCCCGAUCUUCAGAUCAACAACCCACAGCCUUAACCACUUGAGCUACCACCACCCCAACAAGGUGCUUAAUUCACAGAUCACUAACAGCCCAAUUAUUACCAUUCGUGACUCGUCCCUGUUCGGUAAUGAGAGAUAUUCUGACUGGAUUAUGGGGAAAUAUUUCCUGUUUGGACCAAACAACUAGAGUGUUCACUGAGCCUUUCUGCUAAACAUUCUUUCUCUAACAAAGUUUCAAUUCGCCUCAACUGUAUUAUCAGCAAAUCAUGGCAUUUAUGAAGAAGGGAAACUAAUCUCAAACUCUUAGCUGCUAGAAACUGUGAAAGAAGUUUAUUCAAGUGUUUAGUUUACUGGGCUAAGGGUUGAUUUCGAGUGAGAUGCCAGAGACAGGAUUUACUUCCUUCUUUCUUCACUUGGUCAGCCAAGAUGUGUUUGAUGUCAGUUAUUUGCUGCUUGGAGCUAUGAAGCCAACAUAAUUAGCUUGUAAUAAGCCAACAAGCUAGCAAGAUAACCGUGCUGCGUGACGCACGUCCGCCUCCUUAAACAGCAAACUGUAUAGUCAAUGUUAUCGAUUUAAGAAGCAUGCACACACCUGUAUUACUUAUUAGCAUCCUAGCUCCAGUGUGAAAAAUUAGAGAAGAAAACAUCUUGGUUGACUUUUGUCGAGUCGCUCUUUUAGUUGUCAUUGUGCCAAAUAUCAGGCAACGACUCAUAACGAUUACGUUCAAAACCGAAAGGUACACAGUGUAUAGAGGUCAGUGAUCUGAGAAGGGUAUCAUACUGCGAUGCUAUUACACGCCAUUAGUUUAUCUAUCAUAAUAUCUGGCUUCGCUAACAACAAUAGAGCUACUAUAAAAACGUUUCAUAAGAAACCUGACGAUAAAGGAAGCGAUGAUGUAAAAAUCCACCAUUGUAUCCAAACGGAUCGACGUUUAGAAUCUAGACAUAUCGACGAGAUCCUCGACAACGGCAUCGUAUACUGUGACUCUGUUAUACUGUCUUAUACCACAGCGCUGUGGAUUUCUUCAUUCUGAUUGGUCAGAGAGUGUUGAACCAUUUCCUUCAACAGCAGACACUAGUGCAGCUGCAAAUCACAGGUUGAUAUUAACGUGUGCAUCGUUCUCGUACGUUCUCAUUUCUAUAGUAACGGCUAAUCGUUAAAGCCGACGAUUCACGAUCGACCUAAACGGAUUUGACGUGUAUAGUUGUACAUGCGUGAAUUUUUCUAUGAGGAGAUAUGAUAUUUUAAUGGAAGGCGUCUACAGCGUCAGCACUUUGUAACGGUCAGUUUCUGAUACAGGGAAGUUUUCAGGACAAAGACUUCUCAUUGUUUUGUUUUGUAUUUUUUUUUUUUUUUUUUUUUAAACUUAAUAAAGGGAGGCUGGUGAGAGAGUUUAUAGCUGCUAUAACCUAAGUGAUAACAGGAAUUACCUAAUUUUUCACAGAUAGCCGACAGCAUUAUAACUACAGUUAAUAACAGAAUCGAUUGAGUCAUUCUUUAGUAAACGAACAACUUUUAUAGAAACUUUUAUAGAAAAUUGCUGCGGUGCAAAAGGAACAAUAUGCGUUUGGAUGGAGUGCAUUACACCCUCGAGGGUUUUACUCCUCGUUUCAUCCAACCUUUAUAACAUGUCUGUAUAGAAUUGGAGUUAAACAACUGAGUAUGUUAACACUAGUUCACGACGGUUCGGAUCGGUCGAGCUGUCUAACACUAACAACUUUUAACAGUUUAUUUAAACCUGAAGUUUUGUUUCAACAUUCGGAGCAAAUUCUUUGCUUCUGUUCUGUUCAUUGUUUCUGACAUUGUGAUUUUUUUUUUGUAUGUAUGUUUGUACAAUGUGCCAUCGAUGCUCAGAAGCCCGGGGUUUCCUGGUUAGUGUCGACUAUGAACCCCGUGUAAAGCACUUUAGACUGAAUUAUGAUUGUUAACAUAUAUGUAUAAUAUAUAUUUAAAAAAAUUACAAGCAAUAAAAUAGUACAUUCUGAAAAUGA